AUGACGAGCGACGACCAGCAGUUCCUCGACCUGCUCGCCUCCGUCCCCCAAGACAUCGCCCACUACGGCAGCCGCGUCGCCGACUAUGUCGACAAGCACGCCAACGCCAUUGCGAAUGACAUCCGUGAUGCCAUCGAUCGAGCAAGUUGGAUUCCGGACUCGUUACGCCCACCCCGCGCGUCCGGCACGUCAGGCGCAUUCUUCGUCCGGCCGCCGCCACCGCCGCAGGGGAUCCUGCAGAAGACCGGCGCGUGGGUGUCGAGGAACCGCACGGCCAUCGCCGUGGUGUUAGCAUUCGCCGGCACGACAAUAUACCUGGUGCACCGGCGGCGGCGGGCCCACACGCGCAAGAGACGGGCGAAGAAACUACCCAACGGGGCGAAGAAGGAGAUUGUCGUGCUGGCGUGCUCGACGUUCCACGACGCUCUGACCCGGUCGUUGGCCGUCGACCUCGAACGCCGGGGCUACGUGGUGUAUGUGACGGUGUCGUCGACGGAAGAGGACUCGCUCGUCCAGCAGGAGGCCAAGCAGGACCUGCGGCCCUUGUGGAUCGAUCUGACGUCCACGGUCCCCAACCCGGCCGUCGACGUGCACCCGAACCUCGAGCCCAUCCGCGACCACAUCACCCGAGGAGCCGGGAACAUGACGCUCGCCGGCCUGAUCGUCUUCCCCGGCUGCUCGGGCUACAGUGAGGGACCGCUCGCGCUGCUCCCACCUUCCGAUAUCGUCGACACGAUCAACACCCGGGUCGUCGCUCCCGUGCUGACAGUCCAGCAAUUCUUACCCCUGCUCGCGAACCAUAGCCCCGAUCCGAAAGCGCCGUCCUCGAUCGUUGUUGCCUACCCGUCCAUCCCGAACAGUCUGUCCCCGCCGCGACAAGUCCCCGAAUGUCUAGUGACAUCGAGCCUGUCGGCACUGGCGCACUCGCUGAGACGAGAAAUUUCCGCCGCGAGCGCAAACAUCACGGUCAGCGAGCUGAAGCUCGGCAAUUUCGACAUGGGCUCGGUCUCCACGUCCCCCUGGGCGCGGACCACUCCGACUCAAUCGACGCUGGGUGCGUCAGGCUCGUCGUCCUCGGCGUUGACACACAGCACGCACAGCCAAAGUCAGAGUCAGAGUGGGACUCAGUCGCACUGGCAUAGUUCGCAGCGCGCGGCGUAUCAGCGGAAAUCACUAGGCCAGAGGAGCAGCAUCAUCCGCGGCUCGUCGGCCCGAGAGUUCCACAACGCCGUGUUUGACGCGCUCGCGCCGCCGCAGACGUUCCGCCCAUUCGGAUCCGCCAGCCUGGAGUUCACGAGUAGCAGGCGUGCGGACGUCGUGUUCGUGGGCAGUGGUGCCCGAAUCUAUGACCUGGUCGGAAAAGUCUUCCCCGGCGGACUGGUCGGCUUGAUGAUGGGCUGGAACCGACGGCGGACCGCACCGCCAGAGGAGUUCUAUCAGUCCGUAUACCAUGACGACGCCCGACGGGUGGGUGGAAGUACAAGUGCAAGUGCAAGUGGAAGUGCCGUCGGUACUGCUGCUGCUGCCGCGUCGGGCUCUGCUACUGGUGGACAGUCGGGCUCGGCGUCGGCAUGGGGAUUUCACUCGUUGGGAAGCGACAGUGGGAUUUGGGAGAAGGUAUAA